CAGUAUUAUCAACGUUUAACUCAACUCACAACAAUGUCUGGAAAAGGAAAAGGAGGAAAGGGGGGCAAGUCCUCUGGAAAGUCCAAGACCCGUUCAUCUCGUGCUGGACUACAGUUCCCCGUCGGUCGUAUCCACCGUCACUUGAGAAAAGGUAACUACGCUCAGCGCGUAGGUGCCGGAGCUCCCGUAUACCUAGCUGCCGUACUAGAGUACCUUGCCGCUGAGAUCCUCGAGUUGGCCGGUAACGCCGCCCGUGACAACAAGAAGUCCCGUAUUAUUCCCCGUCACUUGCAGUUGGCUGUAAGAAACGAUGAGGAGUUGAACAAGCUGCUAUCUGGUGUAACCAUUGCCCAGGGUGGUGUGCUACCCAACAUCCACGCUGUACUUCUGCCCAAGAAGUCCGGCAAGGCCAAGGCUUCCCAGUCCCAGGAGUUCUAAGUUCAUUUUUGAGCUUAGGAUGGAUGAUCCGAGUGUGCGUUCCUAAUGGCACUUUGCAUGCACGACAAAUUAUAACACAAACAACUGGUCCUUUUUAGGACCACCCUUACCAGAAAAGAAAUCUAUCACUGAGGAGUGUGAAUGUUUUAUAGUGGUGUAACAGGUAGUUAUAGCGCAUGAUACGUGGUACAUUUAUAAGGAUAUUCUUUUCAAUGUUGUAGUCCGAGGCAACACUGCGAGGAUACUCAUAUUGAGGUCAAUGUAUAAACGGUGUAUGCAACAUUGAAUGCAAGCGAC